AUGGGAGACGUCAUUGUACUGUACGCAUCUCCAGGGAUGGGGCACAUCGUCGCCAUGGUGGAGCUGGGCAAGUUCAUUGUCCACCGCUACGGCCCCCACAAAUUCUCCAUCACCAUUCUCUACACCUGCGGCAGCAUUGUCGACACCGCUAGCAUCCCCGUCUACAUCCGCCGCAUCUCCCACUCCCACCCUUUCAUUUCCUUCCGCCAAUUCCCUCGCGUCACCAAUAAUAUUACCCGAAACAUAAGCGUCCCCGCAAUCACGUUCGACUUCAUCCGCCAGAACGAUCCUCAUGUCCGCAGUGCCCUCCAAGAAAUCUCUAAAUCCGCCACCGUUCGCGCCUUCAUCAUCGACCUCUUCUGCACCUCCGCUCUUCCCAUAGGGAAGGAAUUCAACAUCCCAACAUACUACUUCUGCACUUCUGGUGCCGCAAUUCUUGCUGCUUUUUUGUAUUUGCCCAAGAUCGAUGAGCAAACCAAAACCACCGAGAGUUUCAAAGACCUCCGCGACACCGUUUUCGAAUUCCCCGGAUGGAAGUCUCCUCUGAAGGCUACACACAUGGUCCAACUGGUGCUCGACCGGAACGACCCUGCUUAUUCGGACAUGAUCUAUUUCUGCUCACAUCUUCCCAAAUCCAACGGAAUCAUCGUCAACACGUUCGAAGAGCUCGAGCCACCUAGCGUCCUCCAGGCCAUUGCUGGAGGCCUGUGUGUUCCUGAUGGGCCAACUCCGCCCGUGUACUACGUUGGUCCAUUGAUUGAGGAAGAGAAAGAAUUGAGUAAGGAUGCAGAUGCGGCCGAGAAGGAGGACUGCUUGUCAUGGCUCGAUAAGCAGCCAAGUCGAAGCGUGCUGUUUCUCUGUUUCGGAAGCAUGGGAUCAUUUCCGGCUGCUCAACUGAAGGAGAUAGCGAACGGGUUGGAGGCGAGCGGGCAGAGGUUCCUGUGGGUGGUGAAGAAGCCGCCGGUUGAAGAGAAAUCAAAGCAGGUCCAUGGAGUUGACGACUUUGAUUUGAAGGGUGUGUUGCCAGAAGGGUUUUUGGAGAGGACGGCAGACAGGGGGAUGGUAGUGAAGUCAUGGGCGCCGCAGGUGGUGGUGUUGAAGAAGGAGUCGGUUGGUGGGUUCGUGACACAUUGCGGAUGGAACUCGGUACUGGAAGCAGUGGUUGCGGGGGUGCCGAUGAUUGCUUGGCCGCUUUACGCGGAGCAGCAUAUGAACAGGAAUGUUCUAGUGACGGACAUGGAAAUCGCGAUCGGGGUGGAGCAGAGAGACGAGGAAGGUGGGUUCGUGAGCGGGGAAGAAGUGGAGAGGAGAGUGAGGGAGUUGAUGGAGUCGGAAGGAGGAAGAGUGCUUAGAGAGAGGUGCAAGAAACUUGGGGAGAUGGCUUCGGCUGCUUUGGGAGAGACCGGUUCGUCCACCAGAAACUUGGUCAACUUUGUUAGUAGCAUUACAUAA